AUGCUUCUCCAGAUGCCUAUAGCGCGAAUCCCAUACAACGACUCAAAGAGUAGAGAAGCUGAAGAAGGCCGAACUUUGUAUCCUUCGGAAAUCUCAAGCGAAAGUGAUGCUAUUGUCUUCACCGAUGUGUCUGAAGCAAGUUGCAAACUUACUUUCAAAGUAGAACAAAAUAAACCUAGCGUUUCACAGGAUUCCAUUUCUUUGAAGGCUUCUCCCGAAGGUUCUCAGACUUUUUUGGAGGAGAACAAGCAGCCUCCAGUCAGUUCGUAUAAUGCAUUUGAAGAAUUGCUCAUGAUCGAAAAAACAUUUGCUCAAAAUUUAAAAAUUAUUGUUCAGAAAUUCUUUGAUUCAGAUAGCCAACCUAUUUCAAAAUACGGUCGUUCAUUAAGCGACCUACAUUUAUUGCUCAAAACUCUUCGGAAUUUUCAUCAGAAAUUUGCCAACGAACUAGAAGAAAAGUUAACAAGAUGAAAUUUGAUUCAACAAGGCCCAGUAUACAUUGCUGCCAUUGACGAACUGAAACGGACAGACAAGUCCUUUGCUAACAAAGUUCGAGACUUCGAGAACGAUCCAGCUUGCUACAUAACGCUGGAGUGGUUAUUAGUAAACGCAGUAUUUCAUAUGAUUAUGGGUCGAAUUAUUGCUGGUCUGUUAGAGGAAGGAGAUGAUUCAGCGCAAAACAAGCGCUUGACCAGUUGUCGAAUUGCCAUGGAAAAGAUUGCCACUUUUAAUAUGGAGACCAAAUCAACUAGAGUUGGCUUAAUUAAUUUUGUAAAACUCCUAGAGAUUGAGUCAGAAGUGGAUGGAGUAGAAAACAUUACACAAUCAAAUCGGGUAAUUAUUCCUAUAAAUUUUUCUGCAGCGGAUAAAUCCGAUAAAACCACUCCUUUACAGUUUGUUCGUGAAGGAUUUUUAUGCCGAUGGAGUAACAAUAAGUUGGUUCCACAUAUACUCAUUGCAUUUAAUGAUGUUUUGCUGUACGGAAGUUUGCCAGGGAAAGAAAGCAAUUUUUUAAUCAACGGAAUUAUACCACUUCGGGAUGCUCAGGUUGAAGAAGGAGAAAUCAGUGAUUUAAUGACAGAUUCCAAGACAGCUUUUGUUAUUUGUACAUCAAAAACCACAGCUAUAUUUUCUGCAAAUUCGAACUACAUAAAAGAACUAUGGAAAGAUGAUAUUCGUAAAACAAUAAAGGCAGUGAAUGAAACUAAAAUGGAGCAGCUUCCUCAACAAAUAUCUGUCAAAUUCUUCGUAAGCAAGGAGUCAGAUAAAAUUAGCACCUUACGGUUAUGUUGGCACAGAAGAACGACUAUCACGGCCGACGCCUUGAUAAAAGCAGCAACAAAUCAGAUGUCAGGUUAUCUGUUCCGAAAAUACAGAACAUCAACUGGUUGGCAACGCCUAUGGGUGGUUCUUGCAGCUUUUACACUUUUCUUUUACAAAGAAUAUUCGGACGAUAUACCGUCAGCCAAUUUGAACCUCAUUGAUUAUAACUUGUCUUUACCUUGGGUUAGCGAUAGGGUGACUAUGGACAACGUUUUCAAGCUGUCAUACCUGAAGCACUCCUAUUUCUUCAAAACCAAAGACAGUUAUCAGUUCAGUCGAUGGACAGAGGCAAUACGAAUAGCCACACAGAAUGGAUCCUCAACAGACAUCUUUCCUAAUUUGAUUCCAAGAAGUAUUUCAUAAAA